AUGGCUCCCGCUGCAACAGAAGCCCAAUCAGCUCCAGUCGUUAGCCUUAACAAAGGCAACGACAACAUCAAGACAGAGUCCACCAGUCAAGAAAAAUGGGUGAAAAGCACUGGCGUUCUAGAUCAAUUUGAGUCCUUUGAUGUUACUCCUGUUAUCGGCCGCGAGUUUCCAGAUGUCAAUUUGGUAGAAUGGCUUCAAGCUCCCAAUGCCGAUGAACUCUUACGCGAGCUUGCUCUUACUAUAUCCCAACGUGGCGUGGUAUUCUUCCGCAAACAAGAUAGUCUCACUGCCGAUUUGCAAAAGGAACUUGUGCAACGCAUUGGUCUCCUUUCAGGAAAGCCAUCCACUUCAGGUCUUCACAUCCAUCCGCUUCUCAAUCCAGAGAGAGAAGGAUACCGCGUGACAGACCCAGAGAUUAGUACCAUUGACUCGGUGCUCAACAAGAAACUUUACAGCAACACAAAAUUGGACCGAGCAAACGGUCUCCAAAAUACUUCCAAAUGGCAUGCAGAUAUUUCUUUCGAGCCAAAGCCUGCCGAUUAUUCUAGUUUGAAAUUAGAGGUACUCCCAAAGACGGGAGGCGACACAUUGUGGGCAAGUGGAUAUGAAAUCUAUGAUCGAAUUUCAAAACCCUACCAAAAGUUCCUCGAGAGUCUGACUGUAACAUUCCAACAACCCGGCUUCAUUGAAGCUGCUGAAAAGGGUGGAUUCGAAUUGUACGAUAAGCCAAGAGGAGCCCCAGAAAAUGUGGGAAAGGAAUUGAAAGCCGUGCAUCCAGUAGUGAGAACUAACCCAGUCACUGGAUGGAAAUCUGUUUUCCCAGUCGGAGGUCAUGUUAGUCAUAUCAAUGAUGUUACUCGAUUGGAGAGCGAAGCACUUUUGGGUUGGUUUAAGCGAUUGUUGGUGGACAAUCAUGAUUUGCAGGUGCGAUUUAAGUGGAAGAACCAGAAUGACCUUGCUAUCUGGGACAACCGCUCAACUUUCCACACGGCCACAGACGAUCUCGAAGGACAGGGUGAAAGAUAUGGUGUAAGAGCUGUUAGCGUUGGAGAAAAGCCAUUUUUCGACCCCGAGAGCGAGUCUAGAAGAGAUGCCCUAGGCAUUUGA